GGAUGCGGUAAGCGUUUUUCCCUGGAUUUCAACCUGCGCACUCAUCUCCGCAUUCACACUGGUGACCGUCCGUAUCCAUGUCCACAACCAGGUUGUAGCAAACGUUUCGCUCAAUCGACCAAUCUGAAAUCCCACUUGGCCACGCACAACAAGCUGCGGUCUAUGCAAUCCUCUAUCCUCUGCCGUUGUCCGUCCAUAUCUUAUCACCUACGUCACCCAAGCCAAUGUCACGCUGUCUCCACUUGUAUGACUCCCACUGGAUACCGUAUAAGCACUUGCGCCAUGUCUGAUCGACGAGCACUUGGAGCUGGUGGGCUUUCACAUUUACGACCCUUCCAACACUCCUCGGAAGUAGUGUCUGACUCGAUGGAAACCGAAUUCUCCACGGACGGUCUGUAUCCUCUCUCUGAGUCAUGUUGGCCAGUCUUCUACCCCGAUCAUCCAUCACCAGUGGAGCCAAACUCAUCUCCAGACUCUGGCAUUUCCUUUCUCUCGUCGCCUCCCAACCCACUAGGCUCGAUAGCAAUCACCAAAUCUAUCACUUCGAUUUCUUCUCCCACAUGGAAACAGUCUGACUUGGGCUGUCACCAGAACUUGGCUGCAUUGAUGAAGGUAGAGUCGAAACCUUUUUCUGUUCCGGUCGAAUCGUCAGGCACGACACUAAUCGGUACCAGUGACGUUCCCACGUCAGAUGCAGCGGGUCUCGAACUCCCUCUAAGCGUCCCUGAAGUAAUGGUUAAACAAGAAGAGUCACCGUUUUGUACCACCGAUUUCACGUCCCCCGAUACACGUUGCAGUCCCCAGUCUCAUACAAAUCGGCUCGAACGAACUGGAAGGCGUAAGAUCUCAUCACUCAACGCUGCGUUUCUGCACAAGUCGAAGACUUUCGUCCCAAAAACACUCCAGCGGUUGCGUCGUCCUCAGCUCAGCUCACAACCGAGUGUUUAUGCAACACGGUCGCGUUCACGAUCGUCCGUCCGCCCUCCGGUUUCGAAGCGCAAACGCGCGGCGCCUACCAAGUAGCAUACCUUUACACACCAGUGUUGGCGUUUCAAUGGGGUUUCGCUGCGGUUCUCAUUGCCCGACCCGACCUGUUUGCGCCACCCUGUUCUGAUGUGCUCGUUCGUACCAUGAGUAGAGUUAAUAUUGCUAUUUCUUUUCCUCCAAUAACUUUUUUGCGCUGUCCUAUUUCAUAUUGCGUGUUUCUUUUUCUCAAGCAGCACUGUUCUUUCACAAAGCGGUUACCAAAUGCCUCAGGAAGUAUAGAGGCCCCUUCCCGUUCCCAUUGACCCCCACCUUUUUUGUACUUUGGUUUACCUAAGUCGCGUAAUCAUUCCGUUUUCAGCCGUAUUAGGAGUGUUUCUUCUCCAACUGAAAUCCUCAAUGUGUUGCGCCCUUCGCACCCUCCCGUAAACACAUCAUGGCGACUACGCACAUGUGCAUCUAAUCACCCAUCCUCUAUGCUGCAUUUGAUAACCAAUCAGGAUUAGCCCCUUCCGUUUCCGCGUCCUGGCUUUUCACGUGUCUGUCUCGCCUGCCCUAUCCUUCUUUCGUUCUUUAUUCAUGUAUGCGUGGUUAUCUAGUCUAUUCUUUGCUAUCUUAUCAGAGACAAGUACUGACCGUCAUUUUUAGUUGUACAUUUAUCAUGUCUUGCACCCGUUGAAUCGCUGCGAUUCACACACCGUGACCAUUCCUCUGAGGUGUUUUUCGGACGACUUCUGCACUCUCCUUGUUAACUGCCUCAUCUUUGUCGUCCUUGUCCUCGUUGUGAUUACCGUUACUUCCGUUUCUGUUGGUUCCUAUUUUUUUGUCAGGACGAGACAUUUCUGCUCUCGAAUCAUGCGGCACCACUUGCUCUGACAAAUCGAAGUGCGCGUUUUUUCCUCUACACCUUACCUUAAUUGAAGCAUGUAUUACGCACCUGGACUUGUUCUCAUUAUCUUUUCUAACUUGUCUAGUGCACAUACAUACAAUUUAACCAGUCUUU